AUGGAACAAAUGAAAGCCACGAUGUUUCAAAUGCUGGAAAAAUUGAACAUAAAUGAACAACAUGUUCAAACAUUGACAUCAUCAAUUGAAAUUGUGAUGAACUCAGUAAAAUGUGAUAUUUUGAUUGCUGGAGGUUACCAAAACAGGAGUGUUGAAAUAUUUUCAUGGAAGGAGGAGAAAUGGUUUAACAUUGCAUCAAUGGAAAAUGAACACAAGUAUGCUUCAUCAUUUAUUUAUAAUGAUAAUUUAUUUGUUUUUGGAGGUAACGAAUGCAAGUCAAUUGAGACAUUGAAUCUUAAUAAGUUUCCUUUGGCAUGGAAGACAUUUCCCGCAAUGCUUCCUUAUCAAACUGUUGUUUAUAAACAACAAAUCUUUCACAUUGGAGGAUAUGAUUAUGAUAAACAUACAACAUUGGAUCAAAUUAGUGAAAUAAAGAUUAGAGUUUUGCAGUUUGAUCCAAGGACUUUUACAUUUAAGGAAUUGCCUCCAUUACCUCAUCCAUUGUGUGGAAUGGCAACUGUUCGAUGGAGAGAUCAAGUUGUUCUUCUUGGAGGCUACGAUCAUAGCAAAAUAUCAAACAGUGUUAUCAUGUAUGACACUAAGACAUGUAAGAUUACAGUCUUACCAUCCAUGUUAGAAAAGAGAUUUAAGUGUUGUGCAGUUAUAACUGGUGAUACAAUUGUUGUCAUGGGAGGUCUGAAUGAUAAUCGUGAAUAUCUUAAAACGGUGGAGUGUUUUAGAAUGGGUAGCAGUUAUUCAUGGAUAUAUCUUCCUUCAAUGAAUGAACCACGAUAUGCUGCCAUUGCUGAAGUUUUACCUUCUGGAGAGAAGUAUUUAUAA